AUGUUUCGGACCAGGACUUUGACUUUCGCGAAAAGCUUAGGCCUAUACAAGCCAAUAUGUUUACGCUCCUUUGCCUCCGGAACUUCUCUAACCGAAGUAUACGAUGCACCAAAGAAUGCGAAUGGAAAUUUUGCCGUGACUCUUAUACCUGGCGAUGGCAUAGGCCCGGAGAUAUCAGAAUCAGUGGAACGGAUAUAUCAGGCUGCUGGAGUUCCAAUUGAAUGGGAGCCAGUAAAUGUUACACCAGUUAUUAAGGAUGGAAAGACCGUCAUUCCUGAAGAGGCACUAUUGUCCCCUGGCAACUCCGAUCGACCGUGCAAGUCUGUGGUUGGGUAUAAGACGCCUUACGAUGAUGUCAACACCGUACUGAUCCGGGAAAAUACAGAGGGAGAAUAUUCUGGUAUUGAACACACGGUUGUUGACGGUGUCGUUCAAUCUAUCAAAUUGAUUACUAAGGAGGCGUCGGAAAGGUGUGCUCGUUAUGCUUUCACGUACGCAAGGAAUAUUGGUCGAAACCGAGUUACAGCCAUACAUAAAGCCAACAUUAUGAAAUUAUCCGAUGGUCUGUUCUUGGAUGUUUGUCAUGAGGUAGCGCAAGAAUACCCUGAUGUUGAAUUCGACGAUGUGUUGUUAGAUCGUGCGUGUCUUCACAUCGUCCAAGAUCCUGCUCGCUAUUCCGACACGGUGAUGGUUAUGCCCAACUUAUACGGUGAUAUCUUGUCAGACAUGUGUGCAGGGUUGAUCGGUGGGCUUGGUCUUACACCAUCAGGAAAUAUUGGUGCUGAAGCUUCAAUUUUUGAAGCAGUUCAUGGAACUGCACCUGAUAUCGCUGGAAAAGAUCUGGCGAAUCCAACUGCGUUGCUACUUUCAUCAAUAAUGAUGCUUCGUCAUAUGCGUCUAUACGAAUUCGCUGACUCCAUUGAAUCCGCUGUUCUCAAGACAAUUGCCGAGGGUAAACAUCUUACGCGCGAUCUAGGAGGAAAUGCAACAAACACCGAGUUUACAAACUGUGUUAUCGAUAGCUUGAAGUGA